AUGGGCCAAUACCCCAAGCAUAAGCGCCUUGUUGGGCAGUCAGCAUUCUAUCUCUUCAACAGUACCAAGCUGAUGCAGGAUAUGCUCGAUUCUUCGGGGGCCCAAGCUCUUGCGCACGACCGCAGUGUUAAACCAGACGUGCUUCAGCCCAAGUACCACCCGGUGCUUAACGACACGCUUCUUCCUUUUAUCCACGAUCGAUGUGAAGAUUUCCUUGCGAACACUAAGAGAAUGCGCUCGAGAAUUGUGCGGCGAACGGAGUUAUGGUAUCGUCUCACGGACUUCGCCACAGGAGAUCCGAGACAUGUGGUCGUGGAUGGAAUUGUAGCCCAAGCUCUGGAAUUCGUAGGGGAGAUAGUCAUCAUCGUUAUGACGAUUAUUGUUGUUCUUCUCAGCGUAUUCUGA